AUGCCAAAUACCAAAAUAAUUAAGGAUGGGUUUACUAACCUGGAGCAUGUCGCGCGCGAGGUCGAUGGAGAUGAGCCCGGCGCUGCAUCCCAUGCCGGAGAGGUUGAAGCUGCGGAUGUUGCUGCGGAGCUUGUACUUGUUGAUGAUCAUGGCGGAGAGCGAGGGCGUCGGGGAGAAGAGGCUGCAGUUGACGACGAGGAUGUCGAUGUCCUUGGGCUUGAGGCCCGUGCGGCGGACGAGGUCGUCGAUGGCGUUGAAGAUGACGAGCUGCGCCUCGGCGCGGGACGCCUCCAUGCUGGGGUUGGGCGGGAUGUAGUGGUUGGCCGGUGGGAGGCAGGUCUCCUCCCCGAGGCCGGAGCGCUCGAGGAUGCGUGUCUGGAAGCGCAGGCUCUUGUCGUUGUUGGAGAUGAGCUUGAUGUGCUCCAUGAAGGUGGUGAAGGGCACCCGGAAGCUGGGGGAGGGCUUGUAGCAGCAGUAGUCGACGAGGAAGACGGGCCUGGGGCGCGACAUGAAGUAGACGGUGGCGACGAAGACGACGAGGAAGGCGGAGCAGAGGAUGUGCACGAGGUCGAGGUCGAGGGAGCGCCAGAGCGUGAGCAGCUCGCCGGGGCCGAGGCGCGCCAGCUCGAUCGCCGUGGCCGCCAUGACCGGCACCAGCAGCAGCGUCAGGAAGUGGUUCACCAGGUACUGGUACCCCAGCUUCACGUACUUGAGCUUCACCGACCCGGCGAAGCCGCUCCCCAGCGCGCUCGGCAUGACCGGUCCGUCGAUCGGUGCUGCUACUUAGGCCUCUAG